AUGAAGUCUUUGGUUUUCCUUGCAUUUUUCAGCAUAGCAUUUGCUGAAAACCAUGUCAAGAUUGUUGGAGGAUAUGAAUGCGAGCCUCAUUCCCAGCCCUGGAUGGCGUUUCUGAAAACAAGUUUUCACCAAUGCGGUGGAUUCCUGAUCAAUCAGAACUGGAUCAUGUCAGCCGCCCACUGCUACGACACCCGCAUAGAGGUCCGUCUGGGUAAACACAACAUUGCUGUGGAUGAGAGCAGCGAGCAGUCCAUCCCGUCUGAGCGUGUCAUCCGUCACCCGCAGUUUAACUAUUCCACCAUUGACAAUGACAUCAUGCUGAUCAAGUUGCGCAAACCCGUGACUCUCAAUAAGUUUGUGAAGCCUGUGGACCUGCCCAAAAGCUGUGCUCCUCCAGACACCAUGUGCAGAGUCUCCGGCUGGGGAAUCACCAUGAAUGAAACGGUUGAUUCUGAUAAGCUGCAGUGUCUGAAUCUUUCCAUCAUCUCUGAUCGUGACUGUAAUGAGUCCUACCCUGACCUAAUCACUGCCUCCAUGUUCUGUGCUGGAUAUCUGAAGGGAGGAAAGGGCGUUUGCCAGGGUGACUCAGGUGGUCCUAUGGUGUGUGAUGGUGAGAUACAAGGUAUUGUGUCAGCGGGUGGCCGUUGUGCUGCAAAAGAUCAGCCUGGUAUCUUUACCAAGGUCUGCCUGUUCAACUCCUGGAUUACUGAGACUAUAAACACAUACCAAAACUGAUCCCAGCUUCAUACUGCAAAUA